AUGGCGGAUAUUCUCACACAGCUACAAACAUGUCUUGACCAGCUUGCGACUCAAUUCUACGCAACGCUCGGCUAUCUCACAACAUACCACGACAAUUCACCUGCUAUUCCACCUCCAAAUGUUCCGAAUGCCGCACCGGCCUUAGCUACGAUCUCCAAGAACACAUCCACUCCUCCCGUGCCCGCCUCGGUUGCGGCAGGAACAGCAGGCGGCGGCGUAGCCCAAACAUCGCCGGUCCCUCCACCCACACAACAACCCGGUACAACGGCAGAAGGAGGCGAAGUCGAAGGAGACCCGAUUCUUCCACCCCGGCCUGACUCACCUCGCACAUUUGCUGCUCGUCAGCGCGAGCUGGCCCGCGAUCUCAUUAUCAAAGAGCAGCAAAUCGAGUACCUGAUCUCUGUGCUCCCCGGCAUCGGUGCUUCAGAGGCCGAGCAGGAAUCCAGAAUCCGAGAAUUGGAGACACAGCUACGAGAUGUCGAGAAGGAGCGCACGGCCAAGGCACAGGAAUUGCAGAAAUUGCGGGGCAGGUUGGAAAAUGUUCUCGGUGCUGUUUCUGUGGGAAUUUACGGUGAUAGGAAAUAUCAGGAGUGA